AUGAAUUAUAGUUGCCAAAUUAUCAGUGAUAAUGAUGAUUGUGUUCUGUUAGGAAACUUAUUAUGCUCAACUGGAUUUACUCAAAAUGAGAGUUCAUUUACAAAAUCCAUAGACAAUGUCAUAUGCACAGUAUCUAUAAUCAGUUUAUCAACAACAGAAAAAAUAUUAGUAAAUAAUGAUGAUGAUUUUAUUGUCUAUUUCGAUUUAUCGCGGCCAAUACGAUCAACAAUUGAUGACUUUCUGAACGGUAACUUUCAUCAAAAUAAGUGUGUAUUUCUUUUGAAAUCAUCAUCGGAAAAUGACAGUGAUAAUGGGGAUCAUGUUUUAUUGAAUAAAGUUUAUGUGUUAAUCAAAAAAUUUAAUUUUUCCCUACAUAUUGUUGAUCAAGAUCAAUUUUCAUCAAAACUUUACGAUUUAAUAAAAGAUUUAUCAUACAGAAAAUAUCGAUCCAGACCGUCCAAUAAUGUCUCAUGUCAUCGUCGUAAUUUUACAGUAAGUAAGAAUCAACAUAUAUUUUUUUGGAGGCCAAAUAAUAGUCAGAAGACUAUUAAAAAGUAGUAGGAACAAUUAACUUUAGGAUGAUUUCUUUCUCCAACAGGGAUAUUUGUUUGACUUUAGUAAUUAUUUCAGUAUACUUUCUCGUAUGAUUCUGUUUAGAAUCAAUAUUUUCUCACGCUAGCUUCAUUUUUCAUCCACAAUAUUCGUUCUGUGACAUGGCUGCAAGUAACCAAUAGAGAUUCGUAUGAAUGUUAAAAUUUUGAUUUUAUACUAGUGUACUGAUGAAAAAAUAAUUCGUAUCUAAACAAUGAAAAAGAAGACUUUUUUUAUACAAACAAACUGAAUAAAAAGUUUGUUUUUCAAUAAUAAAAACCGAAAAUUUCUAGAACUUUCUAUGAAAACAUUUCUAAAUUGUAGACUGAUAGCGCGGUUAAGAUAAACUUUGACUUAGUUUUUAGUUCAAAAUUAAAUUUAACUUUUAUCAAUUUAUGAUCUGAUUCAUUUUAGUUUCGUGUUUGAAAAAAUGUAGUGAUAUAUUUUAUUUUAAUGCUUGAUGCUUGGGUAUCCGUUCUUUGUUUUAAAUCUGCAUUUUGCUGUUAAUUUCAGUACUGCUUUGGUUAUUUUGAAUAGAUAUAGAUUUUUUUCAUAGAUUUCAUUUGUCUCGUUAUCAUAUUGAAGUAGUCGGGGGUUUUUUCUUUCGAAUCUAAUAAUACUAUCUGUUGAUAUUUAGCCAUUCGAUGUAAUGAUUAAUUGUUCAUGUAUUAUUUAAAUUUACUAAUCUCAAAUUUACAUUAGGACAAAGUUUCAUAAGAAAAAGGUUUGUUACAACAAAACAUCUUAUAAUUUUGUUUGCAUGAGUUAUUACUAAUAUUUGAUCUUAACUUAACCCUUAAAAGCCGAAGGGGGUUCUGCUUAUGGCAGGAGGGAGCUAACCACAAACAUAUAGAUUAUGGGCCCUCAGCAUACUCAUACUAUAGUAAAAAAUAACAAUCUUGGUC